CAGGGAGAGAGGGAGUAUAUAAGCCUGAGAGGUACUACCACAAGUUCAGAAACACUUGCGGGAGUAGAGCACCAACCAAGAGAUCCUCACAGCAAGAGAUCCAAGGAACUCACACUCCUCUUCUUCAAAACAGACUGGAAAGGAAAACAGAAAAAAUAACAAUAUGACUCAGUCCACUGCCCCAGCAAUCGAGAGCAUCUUCGGAAGCGAUCCUUUCUUCAGUCAGGAGAGGAUGGUCUUCCCCCCCAUGCACCACCAGGCCCUCUCCGGCGUCCAAGAGGACUUCUUUCAAAGGAGGUCCAACCUGGCCAGUGAUCUCCUCAAGGAGCUCCGCGAUGGGCACCCCAGUAUGCACCAGCUGCACGAGAGGGCCCACCUCCGAAUGGGCUCCCCAUUCAUGGAGAGGAGGAUCACAGGAGUUCCAGCAACAGAACAGAGCCAGGUGGCCGAGACAGGCCGGAGCCACAGCCCCCUGGCCCUGAGCCUAAACGUCCAAGGCUUCAACCCAGAAGACAUCACAGUCAAGCUGGAUGGACGGAGGCUAGCCGUGGUGGCCAUGAAACAGGCCAAAGCAGAAGAGGCUAAAUCCACCUCCUCCGCCACCUCUUCCUGCUCCUUUUCCUCCUCCUCGUCCCAACAGAAAGGCUUUGUCCAGAAAAUUGACCUGCCUGCCCACCUAGACCUGACAGCCUUGACCUGUUCUCUGGGAGAAGAUGGACAGCUGAGGAUCGAAGCUCCCACAGCCGCCCCCCAGCUGGAAGCUCCUACAGAGGAGCAGGAGGUCCCCCUCCACUUCAGAACCUCCCUGGACAUACCCAUAGCCAAGGGAACCAUGGAAGAGUCUACAACAGGGAAGACUUCAAAACCUUGAAUUACAAAGACUGUCUGAAUAUUUUAUAAAACACUUAAUUGUAUUAAUAUUCCGGUGGAUGACAUUGUGGAAAAUAAUUUAUAAUAUGCCUAUUUGAAUAAAUAUUAUUUAAUAAAGACAAUCUGAUAUUGGAAUUAUGGUUGCUAGAA